AUGUCCAACAAGUUUCGGUCCUUGCAGCGAAAGAAAAACGCCCGUUCCAUCGUUUCUGAGGAUCCGUGGAAAGUCGAUACGCCUUUCGGACCGCCCCGAAUCCCACAUUUUCCAGGUCGAGGCAUGCGACGUCUUCGCAGUACCCUCCAGAAACUGUCGCCGUCUGCACGUGCUGAGCGAGAACUCCUCAGGCAAAAGAACCGGUACAAGAUCCCCUUGACUGAGAGGAAUGUCGAUGCUCUGGUCACAGAGCAGCUGUUCACCGAUGCUUGUUUUCCCGACAAACAUAGCAGAGAGUUGCAGAUCUCUGCAUGGCUUGAGCGACUGUCCUACUGA